AGUUUACUUUACUUUAUUGAUAAAACGAGUAUGUUCAAAACUGUAACCUUUUUCAUAAACACACGUUUGCAAACGUUAGUCUUCGUAGAGCAUAAAUACAACCGUAGUUUAUAGAAAUAGGGACCGGGGUUGCGUCAUGUGUAUAAUGUUAGUGGUAUAUAUUGCAUACGCAAGCUAGGCUUUUGUGUUAUUUCAUAAAAUUUUGUGAUAUUCCAUACAUAUACAUACCUCGUAAUAAUUCCGAAGUACAAGAUGAGUAUUACCGAACAGUUUAAUAGAGAGGAGUCUGAAUUUUCGAAACGGUGGUUAGGAUGGUGCCGGUCAAAUAAAAAUGUAAAGUGCACAGAAACCCCAGUUUCUGAUGGAAUAUUGCCCAAAGGUUACAAAGGCAUUCUUAUUGACGUCAAAGUUCAUGGUAAUAAAGGGCCGGACGACAAAUUAUAUGCAACUUCCGCGGAUUUACGGAACAAGGUGGCAAGAGGAAAUUGUGUCUUGGAACUUCAGAAACAGGGAUCCAAUGAAAUUUGGUACAUGUUUCUGGUUUUCGCACUGAAAAAAUUUUCUGGAGGUAUGGGAGACGAAGAUGAGUCUCCGGGAUAUCAAAAUUUAUGGCAAAAUUACUUUCUACAGACAACAGAACAUGCUGUAAAAGUAAUUUGCACAAAGAAAGCAAAUGGAGAAGCAGCUCAUUUCGCAUGUAGAAACAUCUUUGGUGAAAAUUAUUUUUGCUUAGGAUCCAAAAACGUUCAUUUGCUCGUCAAAACUAAAGCUGACAUUGAAAAGUACAAUGACAGCAGAUACUUGGUAGCGAGAACGGUUGCGGAAACCUUUUUUCAACAAAUUGUGGACAACUGUGAUACAAAAUUGGAAGAACUGGUCAAAUAUUUAAAUGACGAAAAGUGUACAAUCGUUGGAGAAAUUUUGCAGCCAAAAUAUCAACACAUCGAAAAUCUAUCACAUUUGGAGAGCCCACAAAUUCAUUUCAUUUGUUGGACUUCGUUCAAGUUAAUCGAUGAAGAUGAGACUUUGUGUCCAAAGCCCCCAAAUGUUGCAAUCGAUGAAGCACGUAGCUUUGGCUUACUGACGGUUGAUUAUGAAAUUAUUGAUGCUGACGCCUCUGAGGAUUACAUGGCAAAAAUUCGUACCGAAUUUGGGUAUGAAGGACGAGUCCUUUAUUUUGCAGAUAAGGAUGAUAACAUAAUUGGAGUAUUAAAGAAGAAAACUGCAUGGUACAUAAUACUUCGGUGCUUACGUGAAAAGAUGUGUCAUUUCUCUUCGGCAAAAGAUAGUUCGUCCCUGCAAGAAAAGUGUAAGAAAGUAACAAAACGCAUACAAGAAAUCCAACGAUGGAUAGGAUUUUCAGAUGAAUAUAUGCUAUCCUGGACGAAUCUGGGGACCGAAUUUGUAAAGUGGCUAACGCAAAAAAAAUUAAGUGCAAACAACCAAGGUGUUUAUAUCCGUUCACAGUUUCCCAUCUUAUGGCAAUCUUUUUUAGACGAAAAUGCUGAAAUGAUGGAUAUAUAUUCGUACCUUCAACAUAAUUAUAGUUGACUUAAAUAUUUAAUAACAAUGAAAAUAAAUAAUUUUGGCAUUGGUUUAUGGGGCAAAUAAAAACAACUCAUAGUUUUCUAUGAUUUUAAAUUGA